AUGGCUCGAGGUGCCAAGAAGGUGCUACGAGACUAUCUAAAGGAUACUCCAAGCUAUCUCUGGUCUCAUUGUGUCAGUCACUUUUUGCAUUGUCUGUUUUCUGAUGACGGAGUCACUGUUACGGCACCAGUUGAAUCUCUGCACUCCUCUCUCCUGCCAAACUCCAAUGCACCACCACCGUUUGCUGCAUUAACACCAGCUUUACUACACGAACGUAUACAACGAGAAGUCCUGUCUCGAUUCCGAUACACCCUCGCACCAUCAUGGUGGAAGUCCCGUCGUCUACGCCUGCUACGAUCUAUAUGUAUCAAAGUUGGUAUUCAAAUCGAAGCUCGGGAUUAUGGUCUAGCUCAACAAGCUGUAUCCUUCCAACCAUCCGAUGUCAUCAACCUGUAUCCAAUCAUAAAAGCCCCAGAACCCCGAUCUGGUAUGGUCGAAGAAGCUGCCGAGCAUGGUAAAAUGGCCUUGUCGAAAGGCCAGAAAGAUUUUGGUGUAGAACUCAUCACGGACUCUGUCACUAUUAACGAACAAGUAUAUGGACCUGUGCAUCCUGAGACGGGUCGUGCGUUGGCUCAAUUGGCAAUGAUACAUUUCAGCAAUAAGAAUUUUGAGACUGCUUGUGAGUUGCAGAGAAAGGGUGUUAUUGUUUUGGAACGGACUUUGGGCGUUGAUGAUCCUGAUACUUUACAACAACAUUUAAGUUAG